AUGGCCACUGCACAAAGACUUCUCAUCACUAUGUCCUGCGAAGCCAGCAUUCACCGGACGUUGCCUGCUUUCGUUCUCCUGGGUUUUCUGGCUGGGAUUGCUUCAACACAUCCAGUUGUAAGCAGAACUAAUGGCACAUUGCUGGAAAGAGGAUGGCAAUCUCUGUUGUCCAGGUCCAUUGCUGGGAUGUCAGGGGAGAAGUCAGAUGUGAACUGGGAGAGUGACUAUUUGCUAGGAAUCAAGAGGCAGCGGAGGCUUUACUGCAACGUGGGCAUCGGGUUUCACCUUCAAAUCCUCCCAGACGGAAGGAUAAGCGGAGUUCACAAUGAAAACCAAUACAGUCUCUUUGAAAUAUCCACUGUAGAGAGAGGUGUUGUUAGCCUGUUUGGUGUGAAAAGUGCUCUCUUCAUUGCAAUGAACAACAAGGGGAAGCUAUAUGGAACGCCUGGUUUCCAAGAUGAGUGCAAAUUCAAAGAAACAUUGCUACCCAAUAACUACAAUGCAUAUGAGUCAAAUGCUUACCCUGGUGCUUACAUAGCACUCAGCAAACAUGGCAGAGUGAAGAGAGGAAACAAGGUUUCUCCUGCUAUGACAGUGACCCACUUUUUACCGAGAAUAUGAACAUGAGCA